AGUUAACCCAUAAACGGGAUAAAUAGAAGGAGAAAAAGGAGAAAGGUUGAGCUUAGCAACACGGCAGGACAUAAUUGUCCAAUAACCUGGCAAAUUGGGUGCGCUUAGCAACAACAAUAGGCGCGCGGAGAUGCACCGAAGAAAAAGGAGAAAGGUUGAGCUUCUACGGGUCUGAAACUGAAUCGGGUAGCUCUUGAGCUUCAUAACAUAGACUCAAAUCACCCUCCAUUCAGAAAAGGGAUUCGAGAAUGAGAUUUGAUUUGGGUUCUACUGACCUUCUUCACUUACCCGAAUUUCAAUGCAAAAGAAGAAGGGUUUCUUUCAAUGGGGAAAAUUCGGGUCAGGGUUUACCUGACACUAACUCUUCUUUACCUACCCUACAUUCUGCCGACUAUUUUACUAUACCCUGUUUGAGUGAAUUGGCAUUCCUAGAGUCUUCAAGACCUGGUUAUUGCAGUAGAGUUGUAGAUUUUACUGUUGGAAGGAUUGGUUAUGGAUGUAUUAGAUUUAUUGGAGAAACUGACAUUAGAGGGCUGGAUCUUGAUGACAUCGUCAAGUUUAGGAAACAUGAAGUUGUUGUGUAUGAAGAUGAAAGCUUAAAGCCUGCAGUUGGUAUGGGGCUUAAUAAGCCAGCUGAAGUAACCUUAUCACUGAAACUUGGACUCUUAAAUCAGAACAAUGAAACAUUAAGAAAAAUUAUAGAGAAUUUGCAACUGAAAACAAAGAGACAAGGAGCACAUUUCAUUUCUUAUGACAGAAAAACGGGUGAAUGGAAAUUCUUGGUUCAACACUUCAGCAGAUUUGGUUUGAUUGAUGAUGAUGAAGAAGAUAUCACUAUGGAUGAUGUGUCUACAGAAGUUCAACUGCCAUUGCAUGUGAACGGAGUCGAGGUUUCAGAUAUUGAUGAUGUAGAAACCUCCUUGACGGAUACUACUCUCCUCUCCCAUUCUCUUCCUGCUCAUCUCGGGCUUGAUCCCAUCAAGAUGAAUGAAAUGAGAAUGUUGAUGUUUCCAUCUCUGGGAGAAGAAGCGGAUUUAGGUAAUGAUGAUAGUCGUCUUCCCUUGAACAGGAGACCACUAUUCAGCAGAGAAUCUUCAAGGUUUCAGAAAAGUAACCCCCACCUGAUUCGCAAGACACCUUUAGCUCUUAUUGAAUACUCAACUAGUAGCUUUGGCUCAUGCUCUCCUGGUUCUAGACUAAUGCUUCAAAAAAACAACAGUGUCCACUUCAAGUCAACAAAUGCUGAAGGGUUUAAGCUUGAAGCCAAGCAGCAAACUCCUGUGACGAGCAGUCAUUCUUGCAAUGUGGUCGAUUCUGCAUUGUUCAUGGGAAGAUCGUUUCGAGUAGGUUGGGGGCCUAAUGGUAUCCUUGUUCAUUCUGGUGCACCCAUUGGCUCUAAUGAAUCCAUAAUAUCUUCUGUAAUCAACUUAGAAAAAGUUUCCUUUGACAAAGUAGCAAGAGAUGAAAAUAAUAGAAUCAGGCAUGAACUUGUAGAUUCUUUCUUUGCUUCCCCUCUGAACCUGCACAAGGAAAUAAAUCAUGAAACACAAGAGGUUGAGGUGGGGAAUUGCAGUUUGAAGCUUCAAAAGCUCAUAUGUGACAGUUUUAUCCUUCCAGACAUUUGCAGAAGCUACAUUGAAACUGUUGAGGAUCAAUUGGAGAUUCCUGGAUUGUCACUCUCUUCUCGUAUGGUGUUGGUUCACCAAGUGAUGGUUUGGGAACUAAUUAAAGUCCUCUUUUCCUCUAGGAAAGUGAGUGGGAAACUAAAAUCUCAGGAAGAUAAUGACAGCGAGAAAGAAAUGAUAUAUGAAGGGAGAGAAAGCACACCAGAUGUGGACACUGAGGCACUUCCACUGAUCCGAAGGGCAGAAUUCAGUUAUUGGUUGCAGGAGAGCGUUUGUCAUCGUGUACAAGAGGAAGUGAGCUCAUUGGACGAGUCCGGUCAGCUUCAACACAUAUUCUUACUGCUAACGGGUAGGCAGCUGGAUGCUGCUACAGAUCUUGCUGCUUCUAGAGGAGAUGUCAGGCUAGCCUGCCUUUUGAGCCAGGCUGGCGGAUUCACCGAGAGUCGUCUUGAUAUCAAUCAGCAAAUUGAAAUUUGGAGAAUAAAUGGAUUGGACUUUAGCUUUGUUGAGAUGGAAAGAGUUAGAAUUUUCCAGUUGCUUGCUGGAGACAUCCAUUUAGCAUUACAGGAUGUGAAUAUAGAUUGGAAAAGAUUUUUGGGACUGUUGAUGUGGUAUAACCUCUCACCUGAUACUUCAUUGCCACUUGUUUUUCGUUCUUAUCAACAACUUCUCAAUGAAGGGAAAGCUCCAUCUCCAGUUCCCAUUUACAUCGAUGAAGGAUCAGUUGAAGAAGAGUCUCUGAAUUCAUAUAAAGAGGAAAAGUAUGACCUGUCUUAUUAUCUCAUGCUGCUUCAUGCCAAUCAAGAAACUGACUAUGGUGUUUUGAAGGCCAUGUUUAGUGCCUUUGCGUCAACAAAUGAUCCACUUGACUACCAUAUGAUCUGGCAUCAAAGGGCAGUUUUGGAAGCAGUUGGCGUUGUAAACUCUAAUGAUCUUCAUGUUUUAGACAUGGGACUUAUAUCCCAACUGCUUUGUCUUGGGCAAUGCCAUUGGGCCAUCUAUGUGGCGCUCCACAUGCCUUACCGUGAUGAUUUCCCAUAUUUGCAUGCCAAUGUGAUUAGGGAAAUCCUUUUCCAAUAUUGUGAAGCUUGGAGUUCUAAGGAUUCACAGCGGGAGUUGAUUGAGGAUUUGGGCAUUCCUUCACCUUGGAUACACGAAGCACUGGCAAUGUAUUACAGUUACCUUGGUGAUUGCUCAAAAGCUCUCGAACACUUUCUUAAGUGUGGUGGAUACUGGCAGAAGUCGCAUACCAUUUUCAUGACUUCUGUUGCUCACUCUCUAUAUUUAUCAGGGGACCACCUUGAAAUAUUUAGGAUUGCGACAUCCAUGGAGAGUCACAAGGAAGAAAUUGAAGAUUGGGACUUAGGAGCUGGAAUAUAUCUAUCCUUCUAUUUGUUAAGAAGUUCACUGAAGGAAGAUAACGACACAAUGAAUGAAGUGGACUCCCUAGAGAAUAAAAACAGUGCAUGUGCAGAUUUUAUUAGUCACUUAAAUGAGUCUCUGGUUGUUUGGAGUAACAAACUACCUCUUGAUGCAAGGGUUGUAUAUUCAAUGAUGGGUGAGGAAAUAUGCAACCUGCUUCUAUCCCAUACCUGUGAAGGUUCGACAAGAGAGGUUCAAAUGUGGUGUUUUGAUACUGUGUUUAAGGCGCCCAUCUCUGAAGACCUUCGGAAAUGCCAUCUACAGGAAGCAGUUUCGUGUUUCACUUCUUACCUUUCCGAUCUUGUUUCGUGAUCCACUUUUCAUGUCUUAUUUUAUUUUAUUUUAUUUUAUUUUAGAACAUGCUUUGUAAUUUAGAUGUUUAAUGUAUCAUUUCACAGUCAGGCAGAGUUUGCAUUGAGGUCACAUGAUUUUGAACUAUAGGAUUAACAUUGGAAAAUGCCAAAAAUAUUGUAAUUUAGUAACAUUUGGUUUGAUCAUGAAUUCAUGACAUUCUCAUAGAUAAUCACAUAAUGUUUUGCUGUAGUAAAC